GGAAUAACCGUUUCGCGCCCCUCCGGCCGUUCAAUUCUCUGUAGUUUCCUCAGGGGUAAGAAAAGAAAAGACCCAACAAAAUCUCUUAACUUUUCUUUAAUUUGUUUUGCCCUCUCUGUUUCAAUCAUAUCAUUGAUUUGUUGAAGAAGAUUACAUCACUCUGGGAGCCGGCGUCGUUCCCGUUGCGCUGAAUGAUACUUAACAGAAGCACAAGGCAGUUUUACCCACACCAUGGGGAAGACAAUUGUGGUCACAAAUAUGGUAGUAAUGGUCCUGAUGAUGGUUCAAGCCGAUGCAUGGGACACGAAUCCAGUAUUUGAUCCUUGUUCGGAUACAAAAAUUCAGAGAGGGGACGGAUUUACCUUUGGUCUCGCAUUCUCUAUGAAAGAAUCAUUCCUGUUCAAUCAAACUCAGCUUUCGCCCUGCGAUCAGCGUCUUUCCCUCUCUGGAAACAACGCUCAACUUGCCGUCUUUAGGCCAAGGGUGGAUGAGAUCUCUCUCCUCACCAUCAAUAGCACCGCGUUUAAUCCGACUAUGGCUGGUGGCUACAUGGUGGCAUUUGCUGGACGGCAAUAUGCAGCAAGAUCAGUGCCUGUGUUUGUUGCAGAUAACACCAACACAAUAACUAGCUUCACUCUGGUGCUUGAGUUCCAAAAGGGCACUCUCCAAAACCUGUACUGGAAAAAGUUUGGCUGUGAUUCAUGCUCUGGGAAAUCAGUAGUUUGCCUCAACAACCAAGAUUGUGCAAUCCAAACUUCCCAAUGUAAAGCCAGUGGCGGACCUGUUGACUGCAACCUCGGCAUACAGUUAGCUUUCUCCGGCACAGACAAGAACAACAACGUGUUCAACUCGUGGUACGAGGUGGCUAAUCUCCGGCAAUACUCUCUCUUCUCCUUGUAUUCCAAUCUUCGCAAUACUCUCACAGGCCCUUUUAUGAAUCUUUUGUAGCUUAUUCUUGCCCAAUAUUGACUUUGCCCGCAUGACCUUUUGCCUGUUGCUUCCUAUUUUUCUAUGGAAAAUUCUAAAAUCAACCCACAAUUACAAGUGUGCGAUUGUGUAUUAAAAGGUGUAAAAAGUACAAAGAAAUACGUGUUUUUCUUUUCUUCUU